AUUGUAAAAAUAUUGCUGCAUCGCGUUAACUAUUCUUCAGUUAUUUCUGGGUUUUCCUUCUCUGGUUUUCUGCAACUUAACUUAUAUAUAAAUGUUUACAAAAAAAAGAAAGCUCAUAUAUAGAUAGAAAAUUAGAAUGGGUGUCUGAGCAGAGCAGAUCAAGUUUCUUCACGAGAAAGGAAGAUUUCAAGUGAGGGGAGGGGGGAAUAAGAGACUUUAAGUAGUGAGACCAUUUGUCUGCUUGGUGAUUGUUCUUGAUCUUUAGUUAACAAAUAGUUUUUUGGGUCUUCGUGCAGUCGGCUUCUGAGAAGUAAGUCUGAGUAGAAAGUGGGUUUUCUUUUAUUUAAUGGGUAAUGUUAGUGUUAGAGAAGAUGGGGGUAACCCAUCUGGAGUUGGAGUUGGUGAAGGCGCACAAAACAUGGAAUCUUCGCACGGAGAGGCGCACGUUGGCUAUCAUGCUCAUGGGAUGUCUACAGAGUUGAUGGGUCAAUCUCCUCCUCAUAGCCCUCGGGCAGUCCCGUCACCUUUAAUGUUCACUCCACAGGUCCCUCUGGUUCCAUUACAAAGGCCUGAUGGGAUGUGCAUCCCAAAUCCGAUUGGGAUGCAAAAUGCCACAGAGUAUGAGGACAUGUUUUAUGAGCAAGGGGUACCAACAAUGAUCACUUGGAGCUAUGGUGGCAAGGAAGUAGCUGUUGAAGGAUCUUGGGAUAACUGGAGGACGAGAAAGCCCUUGCAGAGAUCAGGCAAAGACUUCACUAUCAUGAAGGUGUUGCCAUCAGGAGUUUACCAGUACAGGUUUAUUGUUGAUGGACAGUGGAUGUAUUCUCCUGACAUGCCAUGGGUCCGUGAUGAUACUGGGAAUGCUUACAACAUUUUGGACUUGCAGGAUUAUGUGCCAGAAGAUGUUGAGAGCAUUGCUGGUUUUGAACCUCCCCAGUCACCAGAUUCCAGCUAUGACAACCUGCAUCUUGGUUCAGAGGAUUAUGCAAAGGAACCACCUUUGGUUCCUCCACACCUGCAGAUGACACUGCUUAAUGUGCCAUCGUCGUACACAGAAGGCUCCCCUUAUUUGUCAAGACCACAACAUGUGGUGCUUAACCAUCUGUAUGUGCAGAAAGGGAAUACAGGUCAUCCUAUGGUGGCACUCGGUCUGACGCAUCGAUUUCAGUCGAAGUAUGUAACUGUGGUGCUCUACAAGUCCCUACAGAGUAGUCAACUACUCUUGGAUGAUCACAGAGGAUUGAGUCAACCAUAGCACGCUGCUGUUGCCAAAGCGACGGGAUUCCCGUUUGACAUGAAUGAUGGAAAGAAUUAGCAAAGAAAGGUGAGUCAUCACAAAGACAUUGCUGGCCAUGCUCAUUCAGCCGCACAUCAGGAAUAUCUUGCUGGCCAUGGCCAUGCUCAUCCAGCCACACAUCAGGAAUAUCGGUGGUGAUGUAAAGUACAACCUAUUUUUCUGAUGCGCGGCGGCUGUGUCAUUUGAAUGCUUCAAGAAGUUCAACGUUUAUGUUUGCAGCAGGCCAAGUCCUACUAUUGGUAGUUGCUUGAAUGACUCCAAUAGGGAGGGUAAGAACCCAAAGCCAAGACAAAUGCAAAAAGCAUCCCCUACCAGGGCAGCUGCACUUCUUCUUUCCACACAAAAGUCAUCAACAGAGAUAAUCCAACACUACCUACCAACAGGAUGAGGAACCACCACUGGGGGACAUCUUUGUAAUUCUUCAUCAAUCUUGCAUGGAUGUCCAAUUUUACAUUGUUCAUGGCUGAUUUGCUCCGUCUUUUUUAGUUUUUCCAUUCACACAUCUCAGAAUAAGCAUUUCUUCCACAUUCAUUUCUUCAUCAAUUUGUUAAAAUUA